AUGGUAAAAGAGGAUCAUCAGGUCUCCUCUUCCUCAGGAAAAUCCCCUGUGUCAGUUCUUCUGCCCCAUAAGAACGACGAGUCGCUCGCCGCAGUACAAGCUGCCAUCGAAAAAACAACUCGCAAGCUUGAAUUAGAAAAAAGGAAGCUCCAGGAUCUAGCUGAUGCCUCAGACAGAGCGCAGGCCGAAUAUGAUGACAAAAGGGUUCGAUAUUCUUUCAAUAAGGCGGACGCACUGAAAGACUUCGAAAAGGCAGAGCAGCACGUGCGAAUGCUAGAAAACAGAGUUGCACAAGCAGCGUCCAAACACAACAUGGUCAUAUCAGCGGUAUCGGAUAUCCGUACCACAAUCGAUAAACACAGAAAAGAUAGGCUCUCCUUAGAACAAGUUCACAGGUAUCUUGCGAAGGAACUUGAACAGAAGGAAAAGGAACUUCGUACACUUAAGGUCAAACUGGAGACGGCACAAAAAGAGGAGCAAACUGCCUUGACCUGGAAAGCGCAACUGAUACAAACGAAUGAAAAGGAAAGACAAGAGUACAGACGUGUGGCUGCGGCAAAAGAAAGGGAUCUGAGGGAACAUGAUCGAUUGCUGAAAGAACUGGAGGAAAAGUCCGCGAAAGAUGAUCAAUACAUCCACGCACAAAUAAAAAACAAUGCCUUUUCGGUGUCCGGAGGGGAAAGGCUGACGGAUCCCGAGACCCUCAUGAAACAUAUUCUGAAAACAACUCUGUUGAAUACAAUGCAAAGAUAUGCAAUACGACAGCAUAGAAAGCAAAUGGAUUUAUUUGAACGAGCUAUGAAGAGUAUCAAGGAGUCAACUGGUAUAUCUGACGCUGAUGAGAUUGUUCGCAUUUUCACGCUGCUAGAAGAAAGGAACUACAGUGCCAUUACAUACGUCAACACAUUAAACCAAGAACUCAAAGAAAUGGAACACAGAAAGAAAGCGAUCCUCGACAAAAUUCGAGAGCACAUAGAGAACGGUGGACAAGCAGACAAAAUUGCACAGGAUCUGCUGAAGGACGUGACAGAUCAAAUUGGCAGCAUCACUAAGCAAGCGGAGGUGACGACAAAACAAGCCUUGACACAAUCCCAAGGACUAGAGAACGGAAGGGUGCAUUUGGAAGAGUGUGUGCGUUUUAUUGAGCGUAAUUGGCGCCCAGAAACUCACGGGAAGCAGAUAGCAAAUGCACUUCUUGAGCCGUCACUUUUAGGCAUGCUGCAAUACGUCGAAAAUUUCGUCAGCGCCAUACUCGCUGAGGUAUGCCCUAGCACUGCCCUUACAGCGGGCCAGAAAAAGCUUGCCUUUCUUGUGCCAGCAUUUUCCCCUCUUCUAGAUAGCAGCAAAGAACGCGAUUCUACUCUAUGUCCAUUCUGUAGAGGAACGCCUGAGUCAUGGGGUGGUGGCAUGCAGCGUCUGAGCCCCAGUUCUAUGCUGAAUCCCGAAAACCUCCGCACAGUGACAGGGGCAGACAGAGAGCCAGAAAGUGUUGAUGGAUGUGAAUGGCCCCUUACGGAUCUUGAACUACGCACAAGAACCGCUCGCUCGUUCUUGAUGAAACGAAAACUAGAGCAAGAGAGCAGUGAAGGACAAGCGCAUCUCGGAAAUGUGCAGUGUGCCCGUACAGCAGAGAUUUGGGGGAUUGCCACAGUUGCUGGUUGGUCUACAGUUCAGCCAGCAAGUGCUGGGCUCUCUAUCGCUUGCAUGUGCCCUGUCCCGAGCUUUAACUCCAGCGCUGACAUAGGAGAUUUAUCUCUUCGAUUGAGCACGGAGGCAGUCUUGCUUCCUGAAAUGCACACUGGGUUCCACAGAGAGCCAGGGCACACCCCCAAAACAGGCGUCAUCGCCAGCGUCUUGGCUACAGGCAAUUCAGAGGAACAAGAAUUGUCUCUCUCGUGCAAAAACAGAGCAGCCACUAUCAUGACAUGUGAUAGAUCAUCCCACAGCGAAGACUGUAGUCUUAGGCGGGGGCCCUAUAGCCAAAGGAUACGUUCGCGUUUCUCCGCUCUUGGAAAUACAACACCACGCACACAGAGAGGGCACGCCUCCAGCGCUUCUCCAAGUUCAGCCGCUUCGGCAGCAGAUGCCUCUCAUGAACGAGGAGGUCUCGCGAUGCACAAACCGGUCAGAAAAAGGGUUAAGCAACCUUACAGAUUACGCUCAUUUCAGCUCUCCAGCAGUCCUGCCUUGAUGAAUGUCGCGAACUGGCCUCUAGAUGGUCAACCUCACACAGAGGUGCGCUCGUACUUCUCAACUGAGAACUCCCUUUGGUUUGGUGUCCUGUUUCAGGUUGGGACGGAUAAGCUUCAAGCAGGUAAAUCUCUCUCUACUUCCGAAGCCUCAGCUACAGCGCAUGCCCCAGAGGUCCCUUUGACAAGCAGCUCAGAGGGUGCGAGGGACUGUCUACAUGAAGAAUACAAAAAAACAAAGGUUGCAGGCUUUUUACAUCACCAGCAGACACCUGAGAAGCCACAGGAAGGUACCGUCACUGUAGAGCGGGAGAGGAAUGCUGCGCGCGAAUCCAAAGGAGACACCAAGGAGUCCAGCGGUAGCUGGACGCUAGAGCGCCCACCAGCAGCCCCUGAAGAGGUAGAUAUGGUCAUUCAAUCUAGUGAUGGCACCGCUGCUUCACUGAAGGCUGAGCACCCUUCGCACGAAGUGCUAAUUCCUCCUUCGGCAGCAGAAGCACCAAAGGAAGAAGAGCUUGCUCUAGCAGAGGCACCAGCAUGUGUCCCAUUCGCGAGAAAAAUAAACAAAUGCUCUUUUCAAGUGAUGUUAGAGACACCGGAGGUUGACGCAUCAUCCGUAGGCACUUGCUUGACAGUGUCUCCCUCAACUGAAGGAAUCGCUCUCACGGAGUCCCCUGAUAAAGAAAGUGUGCUGCAAAAUUCUUUAAUCACUUCAAUUAGCAAAGAAUCUUGUUGCGAAGCUGGUGAGGAGGCGACAUAUUCUGUGGCUACGGGCGUUGAAUCGUCUCAAACUCUCAAAGGAGGCACAAAGGAGACCCCCCCCCUCAGCAGGCAUGGCUCCACUGUGGAUAGUUCACCAGAAGAGCCAGCAAAGAAAGAAUGUUUUAUCAAAAACAGUCCCGCGGUGUCCUUGGACUUGCUACCACUCCUGAAGAGUCCAGAAGAAGAGAGCAGUCCUGUCGGACGCAAGGAUGGGCGUGCUUCUCCUGCUGUAAGCCAUGUGGCUUACAUUCCUGCCGCAGACGCUGUUGGUGUAGAGGUGAAAGGGGACCAUGAGAUGUUUGAAGAGGCUGCACACUCUGCAAGUGACACUGGUGUUGCUCCUCAUGAUGGCAUGAGCAAAGAAGCGGAGGUGGCAGUCGAGGCUGAAACCUUUUUCGUGAAUGCUGACGCCACUUUCGGGGGAGCCUCUGAAGCGCAGAAUUCUGCACAGCCUGCAUGGACACCAGGCGGCCUGACCGAAGGACGCAGAAACAAAUAUUCUGAAACAGCUCAUCCCAGGCGCAGCCGGGUCAGUUUCUGUGACGGGCUGGUUCCUGGGGAGGUCGAGGACCCUCCCACAGAAGUGAGUGCGGCGUUUAGAAGGGCUUCCCUGAACGGAGGGCAAAGGGACGAAGCAGACAGCCAAUGGGUGGCAGCUGAAGCCGAUUCAACAACUGGAAAAGAGACUCCUCAGAGUCUUUCCCGAGAGGGAUUUGCUUGUUGUGUCAACGCCCCUGUAGCAGACGCUGCGUCAAGUGCUGCAAUGGGCGUGGAAGCAGCAAAAGCUAUACCCUCAGAGAUAGAGUGCCCCUCCACCACGGACCUGGGCGGCAACCAGCAGUCAGACGUACAAGAUGAAUUACCAGAAAGUGAUGUUUUCGAAAGGCCUCCUGGAUUAGCAAAGGAAUUGAGAUAUCAGCCGACACCGCAUCUCUUUGAAGCAUCAACGCAGGCAUUGUCUCGGGAGAGCUUACAAUUAACAGGGGUAGGAGUCCAGGAAGUAAACAACACUACAGUUCAGCGUGUAGAGUCUCCUAGGCAGUUGACCAAAAUCUGCGAGGGCAGAAACUAUGAAGCUCUACACGACAACCCCAGGUUUUCGAUAGCGCUGUCCAGCAGCUCUACAGGGACUGCCCAAUUGGACCUGGGGAAAGAUGAGUACGGAGGGCGGGCAGCAGCUGCUGCCACCGCUAUUGUGGCGGCUGUGGUUGCUACUGGCGUGUCCACUGUGUCGUCGCUACGCACAUCUUACCGGACCCCUGGAACUUUAGCUGCCGCUGCAAUUUUGGCGGCUGCAGCUGCUGCAACAGGGUCGCGGCAGAUCUCUUCCUGUGUCUGCACAAGCGCUGGAGAAGAAGCCCCAGUACCCAGCCUCAUACAAGCCGACUCACACCCUGAACACCCUGAGAUACUGCCUUUGGAACAUGUGAAUGGAUGGCGAAAAGCUGAAUUGCCUGAAUCGCAGGUAACAGAAGGGCAUAUCACUGUUACCAGCAAGAGUCCUUCACCAGCCCACAGCUGCGGUUCCCUCCGGUCUCCACGAAAAGAAAGAAGUGCAGCAGGAGCAGGCGAGGAGGCAUCUCAACUUUGCAGCGAAAGAGGGCAAGACUCGGUGGUCUUCGAAGGAGAGAGCUUUUAUGGGAAUACGGCAGCGCCCCCUGAAGAAGCGGAGGACGGAGGUGGGUUUCCCAUGCUACCUGCUCAGCCAACGAGCUCACAAGGAGACAUGGGGGAAAGCUUGUUUCUUUUGCUGAAACACGGUCCUCUAGAUCCUGAAGGAACAGAAGAGAAUGAACGUGACUACGGAGAGAGCCCAGGAUCAGAAGUUGAAGAAGAAGCGCAGCAGCCAGGAUGCACUAGGGCAGCUCCGCUGGCCUUUGGACAUUCCAGUGAUUCGCUGGGAGUGACGGCCAUUCAACGUACAUCUGGAAUAGCCAAUGAGAGCCCUCUUGCCGCAAACGUUGAAGUUGUUGAUUUGGAUAUGGACUCGUCAGGAGAGUUUGGAGAGGGCAGCGCUGGGGGAGCCAACGCACAUGAGUGUGGCAACAGCGGCACUCAAGGCGAGGCACAUGAGCCGGCCAAAUUGCAAAAAUGCAGUGCCGACGCUGAUGCCACCAUGGCGAUUGCUGUUUUAGAUGCAGUAAAUCCGUGGCAGCUUGAACUUAGCACGCGAUUAUUUAUCUGUGGUAGUCCGUUGCUCUCUAAGCAGGAGCAGCAGCAACCGGAGGCAGAACGAGGGGAAGGGGUGGCAAUACGGACGGAUAAAGAAGACGAGGCGCCCUCACGAGAUGCACACCAAGAAGGACAUAAAGAAGCAGAAGAAACCACAGGACCAUCAAACGAAGAGGGAGCAAAAGAUAAUCAGCCUAAUCAGGCCUAUGAAGAAGACUUAGUAGCUGCACCCAAAGCAACAGAGAAUACUGUGGUUCAACAUGGAGGGACAGCCGACACACAUUCACGGGGCACAAAGGUAAACGGCGACCCCAGUAUGCCUGAUACCCAAGAUGACGCAACGGUGUCAGCGAAUUGCCAAGUGUAUGGAAACCAUGGGGCCGAGCGGGUUGAGCAAGCGGGGAUGGCUGCUGCUAUAGAGAAGCACACACAUGAAAAAACAGAGAAGCAAGGUUCCCUUGCUCAACCAGAGAAAGCCUUAAGCUGUGAAGGCAACGAAGCGGGCCCUGAAGCCUCAGAAGGUAGUUCUCCUGCUGGAAGUAGAGCGUCAUUGGGAUUUAAAUAUAUUCAUUGUACUCUUCUAGCCAUGAGUUAA